ACUCCGUGUUUUCCCAUCAUUAAGUAUUAUUAUAACUCUGCCGAUAUUCAGCAAUACUAUACUAUGAUGAGAGCAAGGGUUCCACUGCUACUGUUGUUGGGAAUUCUCUUCCUGGCAUCACUUUCUGUCUCCUUCGGCAUUGUUUACCGGGAGCACCAACAGAGCCAGGACGAGUCGGAUUCAAGAGGAACAAACAACCCCUUCUACUUCAACUCUGACAGGUUUCAUACUCUAUUCAGAAACGAAUAUGGCCACCUUCGUGUGCUCCAGAGGUUUGACCAACGCUCCAAACAAAUUCAGAAUCUUGAAAACUACCGUCUUGUAGAGUUCAAGUCCAAACCCAACACCCUCCUUCUUCCUCACCAUGCUGAUGCCGAUUUUCUCCUAGUGGUCCUUAACGGGAGAGCCGUACUAACCUUGGUGAACCCUGACGGUAGAGACUCCUACAUUCUUGAGCAAGGCCAUGCCCAGAAAAUCCCUGCAGGAACCAUUUUCUUUUUGGUUAACCCUAACGACAACGAGAAUCUCAGAAUAAUCAAAAUCGCCAUACCCGUUAACAACCCUCACAGAUUUCAAGACUUUUUCUUAUCUAGCACAGAAGCCCAACAAUCCUACUUGCAAGGGUUCAGCAAGAAUGUUCUAGAGGCCUCCUUCGAUAGUGAGUUCAAGGAGAUAAACAGGGUUCUGUUUGGAGAGGAGGGACAGCAACAGCAAGGCGAGGAGAGUCAGCAAGAGGGAGUGAUUGUGGAACUUGAAAGAGAACAGAUUCGCGAACUGAUCAAACAUGCGAAAUCUAGUUCAAGGAGAGCCCUUUCCUCCCAAGAUGAACCAUUCAACCUGAGAAACCGCAAACCCAUCUACUCCAACAAAUUUGGAAGGUGGUAUGAGAUCACCCCGGAGAAAAACCCCCAACUUAGGGACUUGGACCUGUUCAUCAGUUCUGUGGAUAUCAAAGAGGUAAAACGANCUAUACUAGCUUCUCCUGCACGAAUGAUAGUAAUCAAUUUGUUAAUUACAGGGAGAGCCGUACUAACCUUGGUGAACCCUGACGGUAGAGACUCCUACAUUCUUGAGCAAGGCCAUGCCCAGAAAAUCCCUGCAGGAACCAUUUUCUUUUUGGUUAACCCUAACGACAACGAGAAUCUCAGAAUAAUCAAAAUCGCCAUACCCGUUAACAACCCUCACAGAUUUCAAGACUUUUUCUUAUCUAGCACAGAAGCCCAACAAUCCUACUUGCAAGGGUUCAGCAAGAAUGUUCUAGAGGCCUCCUUCGAUAGUGAGUUCAAGGAGAUAAACAGGGUUCUGUUUGGAGAGGAGGGACAGCAACAGCAAGGCGAGGAGAGUCAGCAAGAGGGAGUGAUUGUGGAACUUGAAAGAGAACAGAUUCGCGAACUGAUCAAACAUGCGAAAUCUAGUUCAAGGAGAGCCCUUUCCUCCCAAGAUGAACCAUUCAACCUGAGAAACCGCAAACCCAUCUACUCCAACAAAUUUGGAAGGUGGUAUGAGAUCACCCCGGAGAAAAACCCCCAACUUAGGGACUUGGACCUGUUCAUCAGUUCUGUGGAUAUCAAAGAGGGAGGCCUUCUUCUGCCACACUACAAUUCUAAGGCCAUAGUGAUUCUGGUGAUUAAUGAAGGAGAAGCAAACAUUGAACUUGUUGGCCAAAGAGAACAACAACAGAACAAGCUGCAAGCAGAACAAGAGGAAAGCUGGGAAGUGCAGAGGUAUAGAGCUGAGUUGUCUGAAGACGAUGUAUUUGUAAUUCCAGCAACAUAUCCGGUUGCCAUCAACGCUACCUCCAAUCUAAAUUUCUUUGCUUUCGGUAUCAAUGCUGAGAACAACCAGAGGAACUUCCUUGCAGGUGAGAAAGACAAUGUGAUCGGCGAGAUACCUACAGAGGUGUUGGAUGUGACAUUCCCUGCAUCUGGUGAGAAGGUUGUGAAGCUGGUAAAGAAGCAGAGCGAUUCCCACUUUGUGGAUGCACAGCCUGAGCAAUAAAUAUGAAGUGAAAUGAAUGUAUGGUGGAAGAGCUCAUAUAUAUAGAGAACGUGGAAAUAUGUAUCGGCCAUGUAACAAUAAAUGAGCUCCACCUCACUUGAAUGAAUAAUCAAAGGGUUUAAUUAUUUUUAUA